AUGAUGCUGGAGAUGACCGAGCCGGUGUACUGGGUGGACCUCAUUUUCGGUCUAUUUGAGGGUUGGUGGCUCUUUGAAGAUGGACGGCAACAUGCAAUUGCACAUCAGUCAGUCUGGGAGCGGGACAUGCAGUCCGUGGGGUACGGUCAUGUCGACUGGACCGAUGGUCAUAGCCCUGAGAUCAAAAUACAACGGAUCAUUGUGGCCUUGGCUUCUGGACCUCAAUAUAGCCGUCAGCCCCCUGUCCCGUUACCGGCAAAGAGUGAACCUGUUCCCACUGCAGCCCGCAAAGCGGCCGUUGACGAUGAUGUCCGGAAGUACACCCAUGGCUUUGCUGCCCCUGUUCCUUCCAGCUCGACUAGCCCUCCGAGUGUCUAUGAACAAUCCGUGCUAAUAACCGGAGCAUCGGGAAGCUUGGGGACUCACCUCGUUGCUCACACUGCUACUCUUCCUCAUGUCAAAUCGGUGAUUUGCCUCAACCGACGAAGCACAACGAAACCAGAUGUUCGUCAACAUCGGGCUAUGGAGGAGAAAGGUAUACUCUUCGACGCGGCAUGCCAGUCGAAGCUGCAGGUGUUGCAAACUGACACCAGCAGACCGAUGCUAGGACUCGCUAGGAGCGAGUAUGACAGUCUCCUCAAUACCGUCACUCACAUCAUACACAAUGCAUGGCCAAUGACUGGGAAACGUCCUCUGUCGGGAAUGGAGUCACAAUUUCAAGUCAUGCGUAACCUCAUCGAUUUUUCACGAGAUAUCUCGUCCCGGCGUCCGAAAGGGUUCACGCUCAGCUUCCAAUUCAUCUCUUCCAUCGCGGUUGUUGGGCACUAUCCUCUCUGGAGCGGCAACUCGGUAGUUCCCGAGGAGAGAGUAACUAUCGAGUCUGUCCUUCCCAACGUUUAUGGAGAUGCCAAAUUCAUCUGCGAAAGAAUGCUCGAUGAGACUCUGCACAAAUGUCCAGACCUAUUCCGCACUAUGGCUGUACGCCUCGGACAGAUCGCCGGCUCGAAGACCAAUUUUGAUGGCGAUCUCUGCUGGACUCCGGUCGAUGAUGUUGCAGGUACAUUGAGUGACCUGCUCCUUUCCGAGCGCGCUCCGUAUCCAAUCUACCAUAUCGAUAACCCGGUGCGUCAGCCCUGGCGCGAGAUGAUCCCAGUCUUAUCAGACGCGCUCAAUAUCUCGUCGACCAACGUGAUCCCCUUUAAGCAGUGGGUCAGACGCGUGCGCUCCUUCCCCGGCGCGGUCGAAAAGGACAAUCCGGCGGGCAUUCUCAUCGACUUGUUGGAUGACAACUUCCUUCGUAUGUCUUGCGGGCGCCUUUUCUUGAGCACAGCCAAGACUCGCGAGCAUUCCUCAACCCUUGCGGCUGUGGGACAGGUGAGUGCAGAAGUGGCGAGGAAGUACAUCCAGGCAUGUAAGGACAUGGGUUUCUUGCACGUUUAA